AUGUGGAAGUGUCACAAAUGCGGCAAACCCGUGUUCUUCGCGGAACGCAAGCAAUCGCUCGGUUAUGACUGGCAUCCGGAAUGUCUGCGCUGCGAGGAAUGCGGCAAGCGCCUCAACCCGGGACAGCACGCCGAACAUAAAGGCGUACCAUACUGUCACGUGCCUUGCUAUGGAGCGUUAUUUGGCCCACUGCUGUUCGGACACGGAACCCGCGUCGAGUCACACAAGAGCUUCGGUCAGCCGGAUCAGAAAAAACAAGCCACCCAGCGGUCACCAGCAGGCCCAGUCGUCCCACGAGGCCACCUCGAGUCGAAGCUGAAAUGUUACAAUCAAUUCCACAACAAUAAGAGCAUGGAAAUCCGCAGUCGCGAGGUAAACGGCCGGUUGGUGCUCGAGGGUGCCUUGCGCAUCUACUGGGGUGUCCAAGGGAUGAUCCAUCUCAAGGAGGAUGACGACCAGCGUACGGUGGUGACGGUUCGUAAGCGUAAUUCCUACCGCCAAAGCAACCCGGUUUCGUACACGCACGCCAACAGCGACGAUGGUGAGGAUGGAGAUGAAAAAGAGAAUGUACCGGUGGAUGGAACCGGUGUCCAAGCUGGCCGGGUUACGGGUGUGAUGGGCGUUAGCACUUCCAGUCUAACAGAACCGGCAGAUAGCAACAACGACACAACCACGAUCUCCGAGAGCAUCUCGUACGACACACUCAGCCUCUCAUCGGAGCUAAACUCGAACUUUGACUCGAAACCGGUAUCGUCGAGUGAAUCCUCGAAGGAGGUUUCACCAAGCCACGGAAAGUACGUCACGUUGCCACCGAAGCUGGACGUGAAACAGCUCGAUUGGGACGAGAUUGAUGAGCUGCUGCAGGUCGAGCGUAAGCUGGAUGAAAGCGAGAAAUUGUACCGAACGAUGCCAUCCCCGUUACCGGUUGGUUCCGGGUCUCCACAAGGCACCGGUUCCGGUGGUGAUCGAAGCCUCGCAAGCGAGAGUGUCACGGAUACGGACUAUAAAACGCUUACACCGAAUACGGCCACCGGUGGAUCGUCCGGUGAGUCAGCGGACAGCGAUCGUACGACAACCGGUGGUCCAGACACGUCGACAAGCGUGGCCACGAGUGUUACGAAUGGGGAUGACGAUUUCCGCACACCGGAAGCGACGCUCCGAACGCAGGAUUUCGAAGCGUUUAAGAUGCAAAUGAGCCGCGAGUUUAUCAGCAGUACCGCGGAGAUGGGAACGACGGAUGGUACGCUGAAGUUGAACCAACCGAUCGAUCCGGCACGCAUUAAUGACUCACUUAAGCUGUACAACGAUGGCGUAAUGAACCGUAGCCUGUCGGAUGAGCAGUGCCGGAAUGUGGCGUUUUCUUUGCCUGCGGGCAACAUCACGGGUUCAUUUCAUGUGGAACACGGUGAUGAAGAUGAAACAACACUUCGGCAUCCGACCAAUGGAGCACAUCCGGACCAGCAACACCUCACCCGGCAGACGUCGAAUGGUGGGUUACCUAAAAAGCAGCUACACUUGCAACGAGCACCACCAACCGAUGCGCUUUCCUCCGAGACGACCACAAACGGUGGCGUUACCUCACCCGGGACGGACACGGACAGUUGGACCGCCGAUCGGGGUCUGUUGCGUUCGAAGUCACAGAGCAACCACUAUUCGGGCAACAGCUUCAUGGACAGUGAUGCUGAGGAUGAUGCGGCCGGUUCUGAAACGUUGCGACCCUCGGAUAAACCGCCGUCGUCUAUUCACAUCCGUAUGGAUUGUUACGACGAGCUCGAGAGUCCUUCGUCGGCUCGGGUGACCCCAUCGGAGCCUACGACGACUCUAGCGACGACUACGACGGCCACAUCGGAGUACAGCAACAGCGUGAGCGGCUACCCGGUCACGGAGGAUGGCGUUAUACUGCGAAAACCUCCGAAAACGGGUUCCACCGCCAUUAAGCGGCGGUCCGGCAAUCGGCGGUCACGGACCAAGCUGAAGAGGCGUUGCUCUAUUAACGGGCAUUUUUACAAUCGUGAGACGUCCUUUUUCACGCCUCCACAUGGUUCGCAGAUGAACGUGUGGGUGACGUCUCUCGUCAGCACACAGGAGGUGAUCAAUCUGCUGUUGGAAAAGUAUAAGGUUGUGUCGAAGGCGGAAAAUUUUGCGCUCUUUAUCGUACGGGAUAAUGGCGAGCAGAAGAAGCUGAAGGAAGAUGACUACCCACUGGUUUCGCGUGUCAUCCUUGGCCCACACGAGGAUAUCGCUAAGAUGUUCCUCAUGGAUGGUCAGCAAACGCAGGAAAUAAGCAGCGAAGUGGCACAGUUUCUGAAUCUCUCCGUCCCGGAGUGUCGAGCUAUUUUGGAGCGAUUCCAUGAAGAGGAACAGCGUGAGCUGCAUCGGAUACGAUUGAAGUUCGCCGAGCUAAGGAAGCGUAUUAUACAACGCAUGGAAUCUCUUAAAGUAAGGCUGUAG